GCACCUAGAGGAGCAGGGAUGAGAGGAGAGACAGCAAAAUAUCUCGGUUGUUCUGUGCCAGUCUUAAGAAAGAUCAGACUUUAACACACAAUUUACCGCAUCGGUUGUACUGGGAACCAAAAGCCCCAAGCCUGUUAAAUGUCAGACGUGAUUUUCUGAUUGUACGUUAAGUGAGAUUUGGAAGAACGCGGCCACAAAAGCCAAAUUGUAUGUGUGAAGUGCUAACUGUUAGCUGACAGGCUAGCUAGCAUAGCCAUUGAAGCAAUGGCGUUGAAAAGAAUUCAGAAGGAACUAUCAGACCUGCAGAGGGACCCACCUGCUCAGUGCUCUGCUGGACCAGUUGGAGAUGAUUUGUUUCACUGGCAGGCAACAAUAAUGGGUCCGAGUGACAGCCCAUAUCAGAGUGGAGUGUUUUUCCUCACCAUUCACUUCCCGACAGAUUACCCCUUCAAACCACCCAAAGUUGCAUUCACAACAAAAAUUUACCACCCUAAUAUCAACAGCAAUGGAAGUAUUUGUCUGGAUAUACUGAGAUCGCAAUGGUCACCUGCACUUACAGUAUCAAAAGUAUUAUUGUCGAUUUGCUCUCUUCUUUGUGAUCCGAACCCGGAUGACCCACUGGUACCAGAGAUCGCCCAUACAUACAAGGCUGACAGGGAAAAGUACAACAAAUUAGCAAGAGAAUGGACACAGAAGUAUGCAAUGUGAGAAUGCCAGGGAGACAAAAUACAAAUGAGAACAAAAGAAACACAUUUGAUUUGUAACUUGAGGCAAAUGAGCAACAGAGGGAAAAAAAAACAACUAGACAACAGCCCAUCUUUUGGAGAAGGAAGCGAUUCAAUGAGGUACAGUGCCACCUGGCUUUCCGUGUGCUGAGCUGCUACCAUGUGCUGUCCUUCAUGACUUGUAUGGAUCUGCUGAGCAGGACCUGAUGGGCUCCUUAAAGCACUCCCAUAUGGAAUACCGGAAACUCUUCACAGCCCAUACCACCACACUCAGACUUUAAACUGUUUCUCCUGCUAUUGUGAUCAUCACUAUCAUUGUUGCCAUUCAUGCGCAUCAUUUUCACUGUCAAAGAGUCAUAUCAUUGUGCUACUCAGAAGCUAAAUGUUGGAUUGAUUUAGGAGAUUGGCUCUCCCUUCAUUUCAGAGGUACUGUCUGUGUCCCACUGGAUGUCUUGUUAUUACUGUAUUUCCAUGUAUUUAGUGGCCUUUCUGUGUUAUUAUUUUCAAACGGUAUAUGUGCAAUUGAGGCAGAAUGUUCCCUGUUCAACACAAAAUGGUGCGGUGCCAUUACCAGCAGCUGAUCUGUUGGCACAUACUGUCUCUACCCCGGAACAAUGUGAAAGAUGUAAAGAAGGAUUGGUCUCUAUCACCCAAUGCAUUUGAAACUGCAACAGUAUUUAGUGGUUUUGAAGACACUAGAGAGCUGCUAUUAAGAGCUAGCUGGCCCUUGCAUCACAGUUGUGGAGCUCCAUAGGGCAAAUGUCAACAUCCAUUUUUCUCACAUGCUGUCAUUGCCCUUAUAUCCUGUAUAAGUAAACACCAAUGGCUGGUGUCCAUAGUGCACAAAAUACUACUGUUGUAUGACUUGUUCCUUGUUGUGUAGCUAUGAACAUAGCUCCUCUUUGGCAUAUAGCUAAGCUGUGUGCCUCCUCCUCAGUACAGUUACUCAGGUAUCUAACCAAAUCAUCAGCCUUUACAUGCAGUGACCCAUGGUGAGAAAAAUGACCUGGGCCCAUAUCAUCAGGCUUAAAAAAUAUUACUGAUCUACAUUCCCUGGUUUUUUCACAAAAAAAAAAAAAAAAAAAAAAAAAAUAGCUCAUGCUUCCAGAAGAAGCAAAAUGAUCAAAGACAGAUCAGCACUCCUGAGGUUUUUUAUGCAUAUAGGCCCUGAUGGUCUGUGUUGCCAUUUUGUCACAGAGAGGGUUUUUUUCCCCUAAUUAUCCCUCUCCAGUUCUUUUAGUCACCAUUUCCAUUUAUUUUUGAACAACAUUUUGGAUGUGAGCAGCCGUUAAAUGACGCUGUUAAACAUACAUGCUACUGUUUUUCUAAAACAAAAUGGCCUUUGGUUAUAGCUGGUGUCACUUAUACUUAAAAGGGGAACUUGACAUCAGAAUUGACAUUUUGCAGAACCGAGUAAUAAUUUGAAGUCAUGUGCAUCUAGUUACUUGAAGCGAAUAAAUACAGUAACUUGCCACGACAAUUUCACCUGCUUUAAUAUCGGGUGAUGUGAAGUUUUUGUCAGCAUUUCUUUAUAUUCAUAUUCAUGAUCAAGUCUGCAAAGACUUGUUUAGUUUUGGGAUUAUUAAUCCACCGUGACAGUAAAACAGUUUGUCUGGGUGAUACAUUUGUGACCUUUUGUAUUGUAUCUUUGAAAGCUUUAGUUUUAGGCCUUUUUUUUUCAUUCAUGUCAACAGAAUUGAACAUGAUUGUGAUGUGUCAUAAUGUAAUAUUAGUUUUACUAUAACCCAUCGUGACUGUUGGAUAAAGUAGUUAGGAAAUGCUAUGAUUUUUUUUAUUUUUUAAAUCAUGGCUCAUAAUGUGCUGAUGCUGCCAAUAUAAAGGGAACUAUUUGAUGUUCAAAAGGGGAAGAAAUUUGCUAUUGAGGCAUUACUGAAUGGAUUUAUCCAGAAAGGUUCAUAGUGAAGCAUGAAAGUUUUAGAAGCUUUGAUUGUAGAAUUAACACUAUGGUUUAGGCACCAAAUAUAGAAUUUGAUCAUUGUUAGCUGCUGUAGAGAAAAUGGUCAAAACAAGUUGUCCUGAAAUACAGUAUAUACUAAAAGGUUUUGAAAAUAUAUCUUCUAAAUGCAGUGAAAGUCUUUUUGCUGCCAGACUACAAUUGCAAAUAACUUGUGUGUAUUAGUACUAGUUCAGACUUUUUGUGCAUUGUCGUUUGUUCAUCUGGCUAUUUAUUUAUUUGAAAGCCGAGUAUCUUCCAGUUGUUCAAUUGAAUGCAGCCUCAAUUCAUCAUGUCAGUGAUGCUACAUUGACUUCCUUUGUCCAGUGUGCUCAAUAGAGUUUAUAUAGGCAGCUUGGCAUGCUUUGCACUCUGGAGAACCUUCUCACAGCCAUUUGCCGGAUAUCAGGGAUUUCGUUACAAUUCAUCUGCCUAACACCUCUGACUAAAAUUUUAGCCUUAACCCUCAUUUUGUAUAUAUAGAGAGAACGUGUCAUAAACUGUUAAAUUUGCUAUCAGGGCUGUAUCCCCCAAAUGGGUGAUUCAUUUCAUCAGUAGACAUGGAAACCUGCUUGAACAGUACCAAUAUUUUUUGUUGAAAAUUUCAGCCUGGCUUUCUCAGAACGCAGGACCAGCUUUCAUGCAUCUUAAAAUUUGGAAUAUGUGUGCUUGAACUGCCACCAGGAACGUCCAUAUGUCCUCACAUAGCCUACACAAGAUAACUAUUGACCUUGUCAUAACAUAUGAAUAAAGUUCAUCUUGGUUUA